AUGAGAAUAACUUUGCAAAAAUUAUACAUAAUAUUAAGCUUUUUUUCAUAUGUUUUUUCAACACAAGAUAUUAUUCAAGACUUUUUAAAAAAAGCAGAGUCAAAUAAUGGAAUAAUUCAUUUAGAUAGUACAAACAUUUAUUCUAUUACUACAAAACCAAGGAACUAUUCUAUUGUUGUUAUGUUUACAACAAAUAGCGAGGAAUAUGAUUGUUAUAUAUGCAAAAAACUUUAUUCGAAUUUUAAACUUAUUGCAAAGUCAAGACAGAAAACACAUCCUAAAUCCGAAACAUUAUUUUUUGGAGUUCUCGAGUAUUUAGAAAAUGUAGACAUAUUUUCGCAAUUGCAAUUAACUAAGAUUCCUAUGAUCAUAAUAUAUCCGGCAACUGUAGGGCCUACUGCAUCAAGAAAUAGUAAGCCUUUUGUGCUGACUCUCAAAAAUGAAAUUUCUCCUGAAUUACUAGUUCACACUAUUUCACAAAAGAUCAAUGAGCCAAUACAUAUUGUUCAGUUUUUAAAUUAUGGGAAAAUAAUUUUUUAUAUUUUUAUUGCAUUUUUGUUUCUACUUUUUUUUAAGUUAACACAUUCUUUUAUAUUUUAUGUUAUGAAUAGGAAAGAAAUAUGGUUAAUUUUCAGUUUGGCUUGUAUUUUAAUUUUUAAUUCUGGGUAUAUGCUUGUUAAAAUUAGAAAACCACCGUUUAGUGGUCAAGACAAUAAUUCUCCUGAUUAUAUUUUAAAAGAAUCUCAUUCACAAUAUGGUGUAGAAUCCCAUAUUAUUGUUAUAACAAAUCUGAUAUUAAUGUUUACUGUAAUAUUGUUAACAGUUUUUGCGCCCAAAAUUGCCAAUAAAGGAAAACAAACAACUUUAAUUAUUUUAUCGAUCAUAUUCCAAUUGAUUAUUUUUAAAGCUAUCCAUUUAAAUUACUGGUUGAUAAUAUUCCAUUUUAUUAAAAAUUCAAUAUUAAUCAAAAUUUAUGAUUGA